AUGAAGUUCACUCUGAUCUCCUCCGCCCUCUUCCUGGCCACCGCUGCCAUGGCCUCCCCAGACGGUCUUGACGUGAACUCUAUCGUCUCCGACGUCGAGGGUAUCUACUCAACUGCUGUCGGCGGUGGCCAAUCCAUCGGAUCCGAUAUUGCCUCAAAGGCCACCUCUAUCGCCGAGGCCGUGAGCACCGGCGGGUCCGCUGCCGUCUCAUCUAUCAAAAGCGAGGCUUCUGCCGCCGCCAGCGAAGGCCGCUCCAUCGGCUCUGAGAUCACCAGCCGGGUUGCCACCGCUGUUUCUGCUCAGACUACUCUGACCAACUCCGCUGGCUCCGCCACCGCUACUGAGUCCACUACCAUGACCAGCACAAUGUCCACCGCGUCUCCUUCCGGAUCUUCCUCCACCUCUAACAAUGCGGCCUUCGCUCGUCCCACUGCUGUCGGCGCUGUUGCUGCUGGUAUGGCCGGUGUCCUUGGUGUCAUGGUUGCACUGUAA